UCCGGUGGGGCUUCUGCAGGGUUCUCUGGCUCUUUGCAAUGAGGGGCCGGCGCGAGCGGGGCGCGCCUGGCUCCGGAGCGGUCCUGGCAUCUGGGUUUCCCCCCUAGGAUCCCGGUGGUGCGGCCCGGGUCUUCCGGCAGGCGCCUCGGAGCUCCCAGCUGGCCUGUACUUGGGGAAGCGCGCCCAACCCAGCCCGCGGGCCGACUCCCCGGCGACCCCAAGGAUGCCAGAGGGCAGGAACGCCGGCCUGGACUCCACGCGAUGGAGGAAGCAGCAGCAGCCUGUGCGCCGCACGGUCAGCCAGGUCUGCCCGCCCCCGCGGCGGCCCCUGACCGUGGCGGACAUCCGUCCCGGCAUGGAGAACGAGCGGCUGGGGGUCGUGCGGGACUCCAUGUUUCAGAACCCGCUCAUCGUCAAGGCUGAACUCGGCAAGCCCCGGGAAAGAAGCUACAGUCUGCCUGGCAUUAAUUUUAAUUACGGACUCUACAUCCGAGGGCUUGAUGGAGGAGUCCCUGAAGCCAUCGGACGCUGGAACGUGUUUAAGCAGCAGCCCACCUGCCCCCACGAGCUGACCCGGAAUUACAUCGCAAUGAACCGUGGGGCGGUGAAAGCCGGCCUGGUGACUGCCCAGGAGAACUUGCUCUACCAUCAGCUCAACGACAUCCGCAUCAGUGACCAGGAUGACCGGCGCCUGAAGAAGGAGCCGCCCCCUCUCCCUCCAAACAUGACAUUUGGGAUCCGGGCACGGCCUUCCACACCCUUCUUUGAUCUGCUGCAGCACCGGUACCUGCAACUGUGGGUACAGGAACAAAAGGCCACCCAGAAAGCCAUCAAACUGGAGAAGAAGCAGAAGGUGGUCCUUGGGAAGCUGUAUGAGACCCGGAGCAGUCAGCUGAGGAAGUACAAGCCGCCCGUGAAGCCGGACACCUUGUGGCACAUGCCUCACUUCCAGAAGGUGGGCCGCCACCUGGAUACGUUCCCCACCGAAGCCCAUCGCCAGAGAGCAUUAAAAGCCCACCGGGAAGAGUGUGCCGUGCGCCAGGGGACCCUGCGGAUGGGCAACUACACCCACCCCUAACCCCUCCCUCCCUGCCAUGAGAAGCCAUCUUGACAGAAUGGAAAAUUCCUAGAAGGACUCCCUCUCUUGCCCCAACCCUGACAUUCCCCCAUUUUUAUGCGGGUUCUGCUUCAAGGAGCUCAGAUUCAAGUCUUAGGUUAAUUGGUUUCAGUAAAAGUCCCCCCUUUUAGGUUAGCCAGCAUUAGUCUCCACUUAGCCCCAGUGACCCUCUCUACCUGGAGCCUCCACCUCCUCCUCCUCCUCCUCCUUCUCCUCCUUCUCCUCCUUCUCCUCCUCCUCCUAGGGCAGGCUCACCCUGCCUCUUCUCAAGCCCUCACCUGCCAGGACAAACCCAAAUUACAAGACAAUUGUUUAGACUCCAGGCUAAGGGUCGAUUCCAUGGCUCUGCCCAUUACGUGUUAAGAACGACCUGCGUAUUUGCUACAGAAAGCAUGACAGUGACGUGCUUUGAAAACCCUCAUUUUCUAUUCCAAACAUGAGUUUUAAUUGCUGUUUUUGGGAUGCCUGAUGUCUCAUCACGGCAGUAUUAUCUCUCUGGGACCUCUGACAGCAGGAAGAGCCAAUGGUUCAUUAUUCGAGCCUGCCCCCGCCUCCUCGGUGCUGGGGCCCUGUCAAUCAAGCAGGCCAAGAUGGACUCCUCCCCCAGGACUGACUUUGGAAGGUCAACCCCCUCUGGAAAAAGAGAGCCUUCCGGGCGAGGGGGUAGACUGCCGAACACAGGCUACCCAACUUCUCAGCUGAAUUCCUGGGCACUUCCUCACUCGGUCUUUCUGUGUGUUCUUUGGCUUCUCUCUGCAAAUUUUAUGCUGAUCUAUUUUAAAUUAAAAAUGCUAUUUAUCAUCC